GGCCAUUCUCUGUUAGUCCCGCGCUCAACUUCCGCUAGUCCAAAAAAAAAAAUCACCAUUUUGAACCAGUUGACCUAUGUGGGCAUCUGUGGUUGCAUCUUUCCUGUUUUAACAACGGCUGUGCAAACCAUACUGCAUAAAGACUUAUUUUUGAGCAUCUCCGGUUAAGAGUGAGAUAUUAAAUAAUCCUUCCUGAAUAUUUAAGCCAUCAAGAAGAAAAAUGUCUGUGACAUUGCAUACAGAUGUAGGUGAUAUUAAAAUAGAAAUCUUCUGUGAGAGAACACCCAAGACAUGUGAGAAUUUCUUGGCUCUUUGUGCCAGUAAUUACUACAAUGGCUGUAUAUUUCAUAGAAAUAUCAAAGGAUUCAUGGUUCAAACAGGAGAUCCAACAGGUACUGGAAGAGGAGGUAGCAGUAUCUGGGGCAAGAAGUUUGAGGAUGAAUAUAGUGAAUAUCUUAAGCACAACGUUAGAGGUGUUGUAUCUAUGGCUAAUAAUGGCCCCAACACCAAUGGAUCUCAGUUCUUCAUCACCUAUGGCAAGCAGCCACAUUUGGACAUGAAAUACACAGUAUUUGGAAAGGUAAUAGAUGGUCUGGAAACUCUAGAUGAAUUGGAGAAGUUACCAAUAAAUGAGAAGACCUAUCGACCUCUUAAUGAUGUGCACAUUAAGGACAUAACUAUUCAUGCCAAUCCAUUUGCUCAGUAACUAUAAUAGACCUGGACAAAUACUUGACAAACUAUUUGCCAGGACACACCUAUUGUGGUUUACCCAGUUUUAAUUAUGUCAGAGAUUGCAUCAUUUUUCUGCUUGUUUACAGCUAAGAUCUGUGAUGAAAUGUUGGUAUGGAGGGGAGGCAGCCCAACAGUUUUUAUCCCCAUUCUUAGAGCAUAUUCUUACACCAACUACUAUCCAAUGUAUUUUUUAAAUCUUAAAAAUGUCUUUUUAAUUUUUGUUACAUAUAAACUUUUAUUUUUAUAUGCUGAGCCUCAAUUAAGUCCUGACAUUUUUGAGUACCCUAAUUACAUACUCUUACCAUAUAUAGUCCAUAUCCUGGAAGUAUUAUUUUCUAUUAAUUAUUUGCUGUAUACAGUUAGAAAAAGGAGAGACAGGGUAGAGAGAUUAUCUAGAAAGGCCAGCCAUUCCAUUCACUAUUUUCUCUGGUCUUUAGAUUUGUAGUAAAGUUUCUAAGAAGUGCUCUAAGUAAUCUCUAAGUAAUCACACAACAUUUCCCAACUGAUUUGCUCGUGUAUAUUUUUAAAAAUCAUGUCUUUUAAAAUAUUGAACAAUAGAGCUCUACAGAAGAUCCAUUUGAAAAAUGCAGUGACUUGGUUAAGAGCAACAGUUGUGCAGUCCUGGACUAUGUUAUAAUCACAGCUGUGCUCCCUGCUGUGUGACUUUAAGCAAGUUAAUCUCUCAUUAAUAUUCUCACCCACAAAUAAUAUUCCCUUAUAAGACUAUUGUGAGGCUUAAAUGAAAUAAUGUGUGUAUAGCCGGGCGUUGUGGCGGGCGCCUGUAGUCCCAGCUACUCGGGAGGCUGAGGCAAGAGAAUCGCGUGGGCCCAGGAGCUGGAGGUUGCUGUGAGCCAUGUGACACCACGGCACUCUACCCGAGGGCGGUACAGUGAGACUCUGUCUCUACAAAAAAAAAAAAAAAAGAAAGAAAUAAUGUGUGUAAAGCUUCUAGCAUGUAGUCAGUAAAUGGAAACUGCUCUCCUAAAUAUUCAUAUCCACCAUAGGGAUCUCAUCUAAUCAAGCCAUUUAGGAGACUCUGCCAUUGAUUACAUCAAGAAUCAUAUUCCAUGGCUCAGCGCCUGUGGCUCAAGUGGCUAGGGCACCAGCCACAUACACCUGAACUAGCAGGUUCAAAUCCAGCCCUGACCUGCCAAACAAUGAUGCCUGCAACCAAAAAAUAGCCGGGCAUUAUGGCAAGCGCCUGUAGUCCCAGCCACUUGGGAGGCAGAGGCAGGAGAAUUGCUUGAGCCUAGGAGUUGGAGGUUGCUGUGAGCUGUGAUGCUACGGCACUCUGCCCAGGGCAAUAGUUUGAGACUGUCUCAAAAAAUAAAUAAAUAAAUAAAUAAAAAUAAGAUUAUAAAUAAUAAUAAAAAAAAGAACCAUAUUCCUAGCUGGGCAUAGAAUAGUCCCAGCUACUUGGGAGGCUGAGGCAAGAGAUUUGCUUGAGCCCAAGAGAUUGAGAUUGCUGUGAGCUAUGAUGUUGCCACAGCAUUCUACCCAGGGCAAGAGUGAGACUCUUGUCUCAAAAAAAAAAAAAAAAAGAACCACAUAAUCCCCUUACUGCCUUGAUCACCUUACUUAGAUCCACAUUCUACUCGCUGACUAGAUCACCUUGGUUAGAUUUGGGUAUUCCUAAAACUUUUCCAAAUAUUUGUCUUUUGUUGUUUUGGUUUUUUGAGACAAGAGAAUCACUUAAGCCCAAGAGUUUGAGAUUGCUGUCAACUGUGACACUAUGGCAUGCUACUGAGGGGAACAAAGUGAGACUGUCUCAAAAAAUAUAAAUAAAUAAAAAGAAA